UCGAGUGAAACGUAUGUGCUAUAACGAGCGCGCUCCGUACCUUUAUUGUACAAAAGUUAGUGCAGCAACAACAAAGUGUAACGUAAACGCGUCGUGUGUGUUUGUUGUUUACGCUGAAGUGCGUGUGCGAGAUUUCUUACACACUUUUGUAGAAAACACAAAAAUAACAACGAAAACUCAUAAUUAGGCUACGCGCUGAUUAAGUACGUGUGCGCGCGUUUGUGUUGGUGUGCGAACGCACGAAAACUCGUUGCCUACCUGAGGCAACGCCGCUUGACUCAGUUACAUUGGCGGUUGGCUGCUUUGUGCGUUUUUGUAUUACUCGCAUUCUUUUCGGUUUCUGCCUUUUGUGUUGUGUUUUUGAUGCGCUUGAGGGAAUUCCAUGCGCUUUGAUGUUAUUUUCAUGUGACCCGACAGCAACAACAACGACAAGCGCAACAUGAAAAGUGGCCAUAUAGUCAGUGCUCCAUAAAAUCGUGUAAAGCUGCUAUUUAUUUGCUGCGGCAGUGAAUGUGUAAAGAAGGAAACAACACAAAGAAGUAGCAUAAACGGCAGAGAACAGCCGCAAAAACAAUAAGCAUACAAUAAGAGGGGCAGUAGAUAAAUAAUAAGUGUUUGUGGCAUGCUAUAAUAAUGCUAAAUAACAACGCAGAUUGUUUACAUGGAAAACCAAAAAGGAAUGUAAAAUAAAAAAGUGUGCCUGGUAAGCUGCACAACGCUGUACGCUUAGAAUUCGGGCGCGUUUGCGUAAUAUGCCAGUGACAAAGUUGUACUAGUUUGCUUAAUAUUUACAAAAACAACAAAUACAAAAUUUAAAAAAUAUUUUUUUGAUAAUAAAAUAAGUGACAACAACAAAUAGUUGCUAUUAAACACAAUGUGCUCCCAUAAAAUGUGUCGUCCCUAUGCGAGCAUGUGCUCUGUAAUCUACUGCAUUAUCCUGCAAUUAGUUGCAACCGCUCACGCUGCGAACACCGGCUCGGCAACGAAUCAACACAUGUCCAACGGUGUCAUCAGCGGCAGUAGCAGCAGUGUGGGCAUUGCCAAUGGCAACAAUGGAUUACAAUGUCAACGCAUCACGGUGCCGGCAUGUCAGGGUCUGGGCUACAACAUGACAGCUAUGCCGAAUUUGGCCGGACACACCAACCAGUUGGAAGCCGAACUGCGGAUGACGAAACUGCUGCCGCUAAUCGAAUCGUCCUGCUCGAAUCGGGCACGCUUUCUGCUUUGUUCCUCACUUUUUCCGCUUUGCACACCCGAUGUACCGCGGCCGGUCACCGCUUGCAAGCAGCUCUGUGAGACGGUAAAAAGUGAAUGCGAAACGCAUGCUGAGCUCAUGCAAUUGUGGCCCGACUUUCUCAAUUGUGACACACUGCCGCAGCCGGAGAAACAUGAGCUGUGCAUGCAAAUCCCGCAAGAGUCCGAAAAGCAGCAGACGAACAUACAGGCACAUCCACCCUCACCACAGCCACAAUUUCAACAACCAACGCAGUUCUAUUGGCCGUGGUCCGCUUGGAAAAUGCCGCCACAUCUGAGUAAGACCAUCGCGCCCAGCGCCAUCUGUCCACUCAACUUCACCGUCGAUCCGCUCAACGCAGAACUGUGCGUGCCGCAAUGCAACCGCGAUGCAUUUCACUCAACGCAACAGAAGAAAAUCGCCGAGGGUCUAAUACUCGGUCUCUCGGCGGUGUGCUUUGUUUUAACACUCUUCUCUCUGGUCACCUUCUGGGCUGAGCCUACGCGGUUUGGCUACCCCGAGCGCCCAGUGCUCUUUCUCUGUCUCUGCUACAACCUCUUCAGUGUUUGUUACCUGGAACGCAUCGUGUUUCACAACUCCACGCGUACGCUGGCUAUGAUCGAAGAUCCGUUGGGUAAAAUUAGUGCCGCCUGCUCCGUAACGCCGCCCUGCUUGGCCUCAUACAUCACCACAAGCUAUCUGAGUUUGUGCGCCGCCACCUGGUGGCUAAUUUUUGCGUUAUGCUUCUUCCUCUCAUCGCAUCAGAAGUGGUCGAGUGAGGCGCUCGAGAAAAAAUCCGGUCUAUUUCAUGUGCUGGCUUGGGUGCCACCACUGGCGCCACCAAUUGCCGCGCUCCUAAUGGAACAGGUGCGCCCCAACGAGCUGACUGGCAUGUGUACAGCUUUCGGUUUUGUGGAGAUACCCGCUUUGGUGCUGCUAUUGCUCGGCUUAUUUUUCACCGUACGUGCCUCCAGAUCGCUACAUAUGCUGCAACAACAAAUUAAACCGAUUUUCGGACACCAACGCUUUUCGCAAAUACGCAAACGCUUUCUUAUAUUUUCGUUGCUCUUCUUCAUGCCGACAAUAGCGGGCGUAUUGACUUCAUUUUUCGAGCGCUACAUCGACACGGUGCCCGCUUGCUCCACGCACGAAGACUGCGCACCGCCAGAGCAACGUACCGCUUGGCCGACGCUUAUACGAAUAUUCUUUCAGUUAGCGGGUGGCACAUUAACCGGCAUGUGGGUAUGGUCGCGGAAGACCUGCGAGUCGUACCGCAGUCGGCUGGUGGCCACGCCCACUUCUUCGACAACAACUAAGUCGAUCUCAUCGCUGCCGAAGAAGCACAUACACACGAACGGCAAGUCGGUCAGCAGCGCUUUGUAUAGCGGUAUCAACUUCCACAAUGUACCGGUCUAUAAUCCGAAUCAAGCGCACGUGUAGCGCUUACUGCUGGGUAUACAUGGAAACAGUGUUGCUGCUGAGCAACAACACAGUCCGAGGGAGGGUGUAUAUACUUUGGGAUUAUAUCUUUAAGAAAUUACCGUUAAUGUAGUUAAGGUAUCUUUUUAACUUCUAAAGGCUCGAAUAUUAUUUUGUUUAACUGUAAUGUGCAUACUUAGGCUUAAAUUUUUGUAAAUGCUAUAGUUGUAAUUGUAAAUAAAAAAAAGUAUUUUUUGCAUACUUUCACUAUUUGUAUGAACGAAAAUAAAUAUAUAAGCCUUUCAGUAAAGCCUACUAGAUGAGAAUUAGUGCAGUAGUAAGUGCUUUGGGUACAGUUUGUAUGCUUAAAAUAUAGAUUUCCACUUUGUAUGACAAUUUCUCUGAAAAAGUAGAUCAUUUUGUGGUAUCAAUUACAUAAAUUUUGAACUAAUUCAAAAUAUAAUAGUAUAUCUCUACAUUGAAGUGGAUUCAAUGAUUCGGACUCGUAUUUAUUACUGCAUGGUCGUUAGUAUUCCAUGUCUUUACUCAUUGCUUAAGUAAGAGCUUAAAAACUUAAAAUUUUUAAAAGAAAAUGUGUUAGUAGCUUUAAACUGUAAAUAUAUGUAAUGUAGUUAUAUUAGGGUGAUUCAAAAAAAAUUUUUUUUUUUCGUUUGAUACUCGGAAAAAUAUGUUCCUAGACACCUCUAAGAAAGCCUAUAAGUUCCAUCAUUCAUAAUAAUUUUUUUUCAUUGAGUUAUAAAUUCAUAAGAAAUAAAAAAUUUUCCCCAAAAUAAUCAAACUUUAACUGUUAAUAGCUUUUAAACGUUUGGGUUUACGAAAAAAUCAUGUAAGACCUUUUUUGUAGAGCAUUCAAUUUCCUACAAAAUCUAAGGAACAAGAUAUUUGUUCAAGUAAUUGGAAGCGAGAUAAUAGGUUGUCAAAAAAGUCUUGCGGUAUUUUCGCUAGUUGGUGCUGAAAGCGCGUAGUUCUAGUUUUAUUCAUCGCAUCGGGUCAUGCUAUACCUUUUUGGAAAGCUCAUUUCACGCGCUAACACGUGUUUGAUUGAUUGUCGUUUCUUUUAAGUCGUUCGUGAGUUAUAGCGUCGCAAACAUGGAGCAAAAUAAAUUAUAUUUUACAGUGCUACUGCGAUAAAGGCAAAAAUGCAUCUCAAGCCGCCAAUAAAAUUUGUGCAGUUUAUGGACCCGAUACAGUUUCCAUUUCCACCGCACAACGAUGGUUUCAACGUUUUCGUUCUGGUGUAGAGGUGGUCGAAGAUGCGCCACGCUCCGGAAGGCCUGUCGUCGAAAAUUGCGAUAAAAUCGCUGAAUUGGUCGAAAGAGACCGGCAUAGUAGCAGCCGUAGCAUCGGUCAAGAGCUGGGCAUUAGUCAUCAAAAAUUCAUUUCAAUUUCAAUAAAAAAAAAAUCAUUAAAAAUACCGCAAGACUUUUUUGACAACCCAUUAUAAAUUUUUCUAUCUGAUAAUAAGAAAAAAUAGAAAACUGUAUGUAGGAGCAGCUUCCCGUUACAAUUAAAAACCCAUGUUUGGAGAGGCUUUCUUAGAGGUGUCUAGGAACCUAUUUUUCCGAGUACCAAACGAAAAAAAAAAUUUUUUUUUAAUCACUCUAAGUUAUAUAUUUAAUAGAAAUUUCGUUUAAGCUAAGAAGCUCUAUAUAUAUUAUACUACUUGCCUAAAAUUGUUAUUAGUAUAUCAAUAAUAUAUACUUAUUUAUAUUUUACAUAUUUAAAUUAUUGAAUAAAAUAUAUUUUUAAAAACG